UUGCUAAUAAAAACUUCCAAUUUUCAGCGUUGCUUUGGAUUGUCGAUUCGUCGGAACCCGAUCAUUCAUCGUGUCUGCUGCACGAAAUUGUUCCUUCAACGAGUAUGCGAACCAUCACUGAUUACUGUAUUGGCGGAUUAUCUCCACAUCGCUGCCACUAAGGAGAUGUACUUGCAAGCGAUGGAGGUGAACUUUGAAAUCGAUGCUUCAGAUGUUUGGAGAAAGUUAUUCGACAUAGCAAUAAAAGGAGUGGAGAUACGACUUGCUAACCCAGACGUAACGAUUCGACAAUCGGGAAUGUUCGUCGGCGAAACGUUCUCUGGGUGGAUGGGUGGAGAACGGUUAGAAUUUGAGUAUGCCGAAGAUUCCUGGCUGGCAGAAAUGCGCAGAAUUCGUGAUGGUGUUUCUGAAGCACCGACAAGCGCCACUAACUGCGAAGAGCCAUCCUGCCCACCGGAAUGCGGGGACAUCCAAUUGCCGUCGUCGUCUAGUGCUGUCAAGGAUACCCAGGUUGUUGACAGUGACGAUGAGGAGGAUUUCCCGGCCUAUGACUUACCUGAAACCGAAAAAAAUUUCGAAGUGCUUUCCGAAGGCGCUGAACCCGAGAAAAAGGCGACAGCACCAUACUACAUCAGAGAUUGUUAUGAGCAUCUGAGUGAAAAGGAGAAGUAUGAGGUAUUUGAAGCGGCAUUUUUCGCUUUGAAUGAGAUGAUUAGAAGAAAAGCGAUUGGAUUUGUUGAUAUUGCCAGUAAUUUGGCGAAGAAGUUGAUCUUCCUGGAGGAUAAGUUCUCAACGAAAGGCUUUGAGCCCAAUGACUGGAGAGCAGUAGUGGAAGCACGGAUACGCUCUCACACACGAAGAUUCACGAGCAAGGAGAAGCCACAAGUUACGGCUCCGAAUCGAUUUGCUCCCGUUGCGACCCUUUUCUUCUACCCUCUGUUGAGAACUCAAACGGAGGAGCACUUAGAACUGAAGGGUCGCGAUUCGCCUCUCCUUGCACGUCUGAUAUUUUGCGCGAGUGAUAUCCUCCAGAAGGCAACGAAUGCUCCGACUGUGGUAAAGAUGGCCAUGUCUUUGGCAGACGUUGUUGCACCAUUAAAGUUCCACCCAGAUGCAUUUAUUCGAUCGUCGGUUCUGUUUGCCUACUUUUCUAUAUCAGUUGCAGUUCCUGAUGGGGUUUUCUUCGAGCUGUUUGGCAACCUUGUACGGGGUUGGAUAGAGUGGACGACGAUGUGUGCAGACGACGUGGACGCAUCAGAGCAACAGCGAAAUUUAGCGAGAGCAGUUACAGCCACACUACUGCAAAAGGUCGACGCAACGAAUACUAUAGAGGAAUCGCGCAGUUGA